AUGCAGAGACCCAGCGGCCAGGGGACCGCCUUCUCCAUCGACUCGCUCAUCGGGACGCCGCCGCCGCGCUCCGGGCACCUGCUCUACACCGGGUACCCCAUGUUCAUGCCGUACCGGCCGCUGGUGCUGCCGCAGGCGCUGUCCCACGCGCCCCUGCAGUCGGGGCUGCCGCCGCUGGCGCCGCUGGCCUCCUUCGCUGGCCGCCUCACCAACACCUUCUGCGCCAGCCUGGGCCAGGCCGUGCCCUCCAUGGUGGCGCUCACCACGGCCCUGCCCAGCUUCUCCGAGCCCCCCGACGGCUUUUAUCCGCCGCAGGAGCUGCCCCCGCCGCGCGCCAACCCCGACGCCGGCUGCCGGCGGGGCGCCGAGGGCCUGGAGGCGGAGGAGCUGCCCCCGGGGCGCGACAAGGGGCCGCCCGAGCCGCCGUUGCACUUCCCGGACCCCUUCCCCGGCCUGGCAGGUAAGAGCGACGGAAAGGCGUACAGCUCGGACGAGGAGAAGCUGGAGGUGAAGUCGGCGGCGACGCCGUGCAGCGAGCGGGAGGAGGAGAGCUCGGCGGGCGACAGCGAGGAGGAGCCCUUCCUGGACGGGGCGGCCGCCGCCGCACUGGGCCCCAAGGGCAAGGGCAAGGGCGGCCCCGCGGCCGAGCAGGCCCCGCCGGGCUCCGCGGCCGGCAAGAGCCGCCGGCGCCGCACGGCCUUCACCAGCGAGCAGCUGCUGGAGCUGGAGAAGGAGUUCCACUGCAAGAAGUACCUGAGCCUGACGGAGCGCUCGCAGAUUGCGCACGCCCUGAAGCUGAGCGAGGUGCAGGUGAAGAUCUGGUUCCAGAACCGCCGCGCCAAGUGGAAACGCAUCAAGGCGGGCAACGUGAGCAACCGCUUGGGCGAGCCCGUCCGCAACCCCAAGAUCGUGGUGCCCAUCCCGGUGCACGUCAACCGAUUCGCCGUGCGCAGCCAGCACCAGCAGAUCGAGCAGGGCGCCCGGCCCUGAGUGCCGUCGGGGCUCUCGGACCCUGGGGUGGGCGGGCCGCCGGCAGCGGGGGGGGCCCGACGCGGCGGGAGCGCGGCCCGGGCGCCCGCUCUCACUCCACUGUACAUGUCCCUUAUUUAUUCCGUGUAAACUCUGUACAUACGGCAGCGUGUCUGUCUGUCCGUGCCGCGGGGAGCGCGGGCCGCCUGGCCCCUGCGGGCCCCAGCCGCGUCGUCCGGGGCCUGGCCGCGCUGCCCCCGGGCGCCCGCCCAUGUAUA